GCUGUCGCUGGCUCACCCUUUCCUCUACAUACGUGCAACCCAGCUCAUCCCCUUUUUCUUAUAUGAAUAUCUCUCUCUUUCAUAUUUCUCAAUCUCAUCAAGAUUCCUCCAUUUAUAUACCCCCCUUCAACUACGCUCUCCCUAUUUACUUUCCAUUUGAUUCGCAACCACUUUUGAGAUUUGAGAUUUUUUUUCCACGGGAGAGAGGGCAGGCCAGCCAUGGAUCCGUGUCCUUUCGUGCGAAUUAACAUCGGAAAUCUAGCGUUGAAGUUUCCGGCGAAGUCGAGAACGUCGGUGGACUCUUGCUACUGUAAAAUCAAGCUUAGUGGUGGGUUUGCUCCCCAGUUUUCCACGGUGCCGGUGAUCCAAGACGCGGAGGGUGUUGUGGAGAGCAGGGUUCACGCCUGCUACACCUUGAAGAAAUCCGAGCUUGAAAAGAUGGUGGAGAGGUUGAGCAGUAAGGGGAAAUCUUGCAGCUUAAAGAUUGAGAUUUUUUCCGGCAGGAGUGGAAUCGGGUGCGGGCUUUUCAACGGUGCGAAGCGGCUGGGGAGCGCGGCGGUGGCGUUGGACUUGAAGGGGUUGGAGAACAGCGCGAGCAGUAGCAGAGGGUGUGUUUUGCAGAACGGGUGGGUCGAAAUUAAGGGUUCUUCUGAUGCGGUUCUGCAUGUUAAUGUAAAGUCCGAGCCCGACCCGAGAUUUGUGUUCCAGUUUGACGGAGAACCCGAAUGCAGUCCCCAGGUGUUUCAGGUCAACGGGAAUGUAAAGCAGCCGGUUUUCUCCUGCAAGUUCAGUUUCAGAAACGGCGGCGAUCGGAGCUUGAGAUCCAGAUCUUCACUUUCAGAGCCGAGCACAUCCGCAAACUGCUUUAGCGGGUCAGAUGAGAACGAAAAACCGGCGAAAGAGCGGAAAGGAUGGUCGAUCACCAUCCACGACAUCUCCGGCUCGCCGGUGGCGGUAGCGUCAAUGGUGACGCCAUUUGUUCCGUCGCCGGGGAGUGAUAGAGUCAGCCGGUCGAAUCCAGGGGCGUGGCUCAUUCUCCGCCCCGGCCAGGGCACUUGGAAGCCGUGGGGCCGCCUGGAGGCGUGGCGAGAGAGCGGCGCCGGCGAUCCCCUAGGGUUCCGAUUUGAACUAAUCCCCGACGGCAUCACAGACACCGUCACAUUGGUGAACUCGACAAUCAGCAUGAAGAGCGGCGGCAACCUUAACAUAGACAUCAUGAAUGGAGCUACGCCGUUGACUAGUCCCAGCAGCAGCUUCGAUUUCAGCUCGGGUUCGUGGUCCGAGAUGGGGUCCACGCAGGGGUCCGGGUCGUGGGCCCACCUGCUGUACAGAGGUUUCGUGAUGUCGUCGACGGUGGGCGGCGACGGAAAACGCAGCAGGCCGGAGGUGGAAGUGGGGGUGCAGCACGUGAGCUGCGCGGAGGACGCCGCCGCCUUCGUGGCGUUGGCGGCUGCAAUGGAUCUAAGCAUGGAUGCUUGUCGCUCAUUUUCUCAGAAGCUACGUAAAGAGUUGAGGCAAGCGGAUCAAGAAUGAAGAUUCUCUCGUGAUUCAUUCCCCUGAAUUUCAGCCAUUUUAGCUGGCCAUUUCCCCCCACUGUACAUUGUAUAUUUGUAUUCAUUUAUUGAUUUGUAUUUUGUACGAUGAGUUUUGAUUGAGGAGGAAUGAAUGAAUUCUUAUUUGACAUCA